CUCAAUUAGUUUCUAUGUAAACAAACUGUGAAAUAACAAUUCUUGUUUUGUUGCUUUUACCCUCUUAUUAUAAUAUGUUAUUCAUUUCGUAUACUUAUAAACUGUUAUGGGUUAUGUAAAUGACAAGAAAAGUUACAAUCCUUUUGUGUUUUUCGAUGUUAAGAUUGGACAAGAAGAUGUGGGUCGCAUAGUUAUUGAAUUAUUCAGAAAUGUAGUUCCAAAAACAGUUGAAAACUUCAGAACUUUAUGCACUGGAGAAAAGGGAAUCGGCUUACAAGGGAAGCAACUGCAUUACAAAGGAUCUAUUUUUCAUAAAGUAAUGCCUGAAUUUAUGAUUCAAGGAGGUGAUAUAAUAAAUUGUGAUGGAACUGGGGGUGAAUGUAUUUAUGGAUUAAAUUUUGAGGAUGAAAAUUUUAUUCUUAAACAUGAAAAUGGAGGAGAAGUUAGUAUGGUCAAUCGUGGCCUUCCUAAUUCAAAUAGUUCACAAUUCUUCAUUACUACUGUACCAUGUCCACAUCUUGAUGGAAAUAAUGUGGUAUUUGGAAAGGUACGGUUUGGCCUAGGAGUAGUAAGAGAAAUUGGUAUUACUCCUGCUAAUGAAGGAAAACCUCUAGUGGACUGUAUUAUAGAAAAGUCUGGUGAGAUAGUUCCUGAAGAAGGAUGGGGUAUCAAUGAAUGUGAUGGAACAGAAGAUGUUUUUCCCCCAUAUCCAGAAGACUGGAUCCUUACUAACCAUCAGGAUAAUAAUGAUCCAUACAGCACAGUAGCAAAAAUCAAAGAUUCUGGGAAUAAUUUUUUUAAGGAUGAAAAUUAUAUACUAGCUAACAAAAAAUAUAAAAAAGCUCUUCGCUAUCUGGACUGGUACCUCAAAAAUAGUGAGAAUACCAAUAUUGAGACUGAUAAGUUAUAUAAAUUAAAAAGCUUUUGUCUUUUAAAUUCAGCUGCAGCACUGUUGAAAUUAGAUAAGCAUAGAGAAGCUGUGACACUGUGUGAUGAAGUUCUUCUAAUUGACAUAGAUAACCCAAAAGCAUUAUUCAGGCGUGCCCAGGCUAAUAGGUGGCUACAUAAUUGUGAAUUAGCUCUGAGAGACUUAAAUAAGGCUAUCUCUCUUAAACCAAAGGAUUUAAAAAUUCUUAAUGAAAUUCAGCUUGUAAGAAAAAGCAUGUAUGAAAGUGAAUUAUCAGAAAGGCAAAGAUGUUCAAAAAUGUUGAAGGCAUAGGCCUGCAACCACCGUUAUUUCAAAGUUAAAAUCUUCAUUUCCUAACCAAAUUU